CUCAAAAACACCUCCUGUGAGUGGUCCUGCUCGCCAUCACCAUAGCAACGAGUCGGAGCUUUAAACGACGUCAUCACGCCGCGACGCGCGUUUGCCACGUCACCUCCAGGAGACUGUGUUUUUGUUUUGAUGAAUCCCAGCAGCUGUCAGGCGCGAUUCUGUUGCGUUUAACUGCAAAUAAACGCAACAUGUCGACGGCGGAGGACUUUGUGCGGUAUCCGGUCACCGUGUGGGAGAAAGUAGUGUUCAGUAAAGUGAAUAAAGCGGUUGUUUUCAUGGAUGAUACGUGCGCGGAGUCGCUGCACUGGUGCGGCGGAGCGGCCCGGCUAAUGGCGGCCGGAGCCCGCAACGUCAGAGAGCUCAACAGCUUCGAGUCCUGCGGGGAGCACGAACCCAAAGCCGUGUUCGUGGUGAACACCUUGCUCAGGGGCACGGCGGUAGACGUCAUCAGAGACGUCAUCACCCUCAGCCGCUUCCAGUACUGCGUGGUCUUCACCGCAGACCACGUGGUUUCGGAGCAGGACGGCGGCCAUGUGGUCCAGCAGCUGGAGGAGAAGCUGUGUGAGUGGAUGGGCAGCAUGGACUACACGGCAGAGGUCGCGCAUGCGCAGUUGGGGUUCGCUCCCGUGUCCCAGCAGCUCCUGCUCACCCCCAGUUUCUCUCACCUGUUCCCGCUGCUGUCACCUGACCUGCAGGUGAUCAACGCCACACGACCGGAGAAGAAGAAGAAGUACGGAAGCCUGGUGGACGUGGACGUGCAGGCUCUCCCCGCGGAGCUGCAGCUGGACAUCAGGGCCUUGACCUCUGCGUUGAACUCUGUGUUUGAGGCCACGGGGACCCGGGAGGAGAGCUUCGCUGUGGGGCCCAUGAGCCGCAUCAUAGCGGGAGAACUGGCCGCUCACCCUCAGGCCAGAGCCCGGAGGAAGACCGCCCCCAACAGAGCCUCCAUCAUAUUCAUGGACCGCACGAUGGAUCUCACAGGAGCUGUUGGUCACCAUGGCGACAACCUGGUGGAGAAGAUUCUGACUGUGCUCAAACCUUUACCCGGUCACGUGACAGACGUACAGGUGGACAUGCUGGAGCUCACCAGUCUGCAGAGGACCCCCCACUCCCAGAACACCGUGGCCCCCGGCUGCCUCGCUCAGACCCAGUCACCAGCAGCUCAGUCGCUGUGGGAGACCAUGCUGACCAGUAAACACAAAGAGGGGGUGAUGGAGGUCCGACGGCAGCUAGUGGAGGCGGCCAGCAAGGAGAACCUGCCCAUCAAGAUGAGCAUGGGCCGUGUGACCCCCGAGCAGCUGUGCUCCUACAUGCAGCUGUUCCGGAGCAGUUGGGGGGCGCUAGAGAGUCACUGCGGGGUUCUCCAGCUGGGCCUGGCCACGGCCCAGACGCUCCGCCACCCGGGCCUGCUCCGCUGGGACGCCUGCCUGGCCUUCGAGAGGCUGCUGCUGCAGGCUCUUGGAGACUCUGACUUCCCCGCUGUGCUGAGGCAGCUGCUGCCCUUGAUGAAGCCCCGCGGAGGCGAGGACAGCGCAGCCUCGGGGUCGAGGUCCGGGGAGGACGAGUGCGGUCCGGAUGAGCUGAUCCUCCUGCUGGUCUACCUGUACUCCCUGGCUGAGGAGGCGCAGGACCGGGACGCCGAUGAGGAGGAGCUGGAGAAGCUGGAGAGGGAGCUGAUUGGAGCGCUCACGCUGGUCGUCACCCGGGAGACGGAACUCAGCCCUUUGCUCCAGAAACUCACCGGUUGUGCGAACCCCGAGGAGCUGACCACGGAGCGAGCCCACACCGCUUUGAGCGAGAUGUUCGAGACCCUCCGAGGUUUGAGCCACACCAGAGACCACCUGAAGCAGCUGCGCUCCGUCUACACGGCCAGCGACGGAGUUCACCAGGCCACCUAUCGUCCGUUCCUGCGUCAGAUCCUGGAGGAAGUCUUCCACCCGGACCGACCGGAGUGUCCCGACAUCGAACACACGUCGGGAGGACUCACUGACCUCCUGAAGACCGGCUUCAGCAUGUUCAUGAAGGUGACUCGUCCACAUCCCAGCGACAACCCUCUGCUGCUCCUCUUCCUGGUGGGCGGAGUCACGCCGUCAGAGCUCCGUCUCAUCAGAGAGGUCGUAACGACACACAAACCUGGGACUCAGGUGCUGGUCAUGUCCACCAGACUGCUGCGGCCCACAGAUAUCCCCGAGCUGCUCUUCACCACCCGGAGACUGCAGCCUGGCGUCGCCGUCUAAAAAAAUAAAUGGCGUCACACCGAGACGAACGUGGAAGAAGAAGACACGAGAGACGCAAACGCCCUGACACCUCGCCGGGUCGGGAGCCGAGCCUCGGUUAAUGAGAGUCACUGUCCAGAAGCUGGAGAAAACAUUCCCGUCCUGUUCAUGUCAGCGUGUUUGGUUCUACAGGUUUAUUAUAUAAAAGGAGCUACUGGGUUUAUUUUGUUCUUGGAGACCAGAAAAAAGAAAAUGUUUAUUUCUGCUCAAAGGAAAUCUGUCAAAAAGCCACUUCUGUGUGAAACGACACCGACAAUAAAACCGUUCA